AUGUCCAUUGUACAACCCAUCAUUAGGGACGAACUAUUCCUCCAAGAUGAUGACGACUGGGACUCAGUACACCAUGUCGAAUGGGAAAUUGACGCCAACUUCUUCACCGGCAAUAACACAAGACCCAGAACGCCAUUUUGCAAGGCCACAGCAGACCAUCAAAUCAUCAUCGCCCGCGCCGCAGCGCUCAUAAUCCGCGCAUCUCUCAACAACAUUCCAAUGGAUAUCCCGGACUUUGAUCCCACCACACUUACAGGCCCGAGAAAGAGCUUGUACCAAUGGAUGAGUGCCUACAACACUUCCCAGGCGGGUAAAUUGGUGUUAAAUGAUGUUACCAUGACUGCCAUGAUUGAGAUCCUUUCCUCGUUGACAAAACUGGAUCGUGAGGGCGAGAUUCUUGAUAAAAUUGGUCCCGAUAUCGGUGGUAUUCUCCAGGGAAAGGUUGAUCCUAUCGAGUUAAUGGUUCAAGGCGACAGGAUCCAUCACAUGCAGGACGGUAUGGAGCUGAUGUUGAAAAUGAAGGCGCACCUUGGAGAAUAUCUAUCACAUUUCGCAACCAAGAAAUCCGUUCAAAAUGUUCUCGAAGUCGGAGCUAGCACAAGCAACAUGACCAAAACACUCUUCAAUGCCUUUCCUGUCGAAAAAAGCAUUGCUUAUACCCUCGCAGACCGAUCGCUUCCAAUACUGGAGCAGAUGAAAGCCUCACUGAGGGGUUCGUUUAAGCUCAAAGCUCUGGACAUCAACCAGGAUUCACUUGAACAGGGUUUCAGUCCAGAGUCUUUCGACUUGGUCAUCGUCAACAAUAUUCUAUACACAGCCAAUUCUUUGUCAGGGGCUCUGAAGAAUCUCCGUAGAGUUAUCACCCCUGGCGGCGUCCUCGUCCUUGUAGGACUUUCAAGUAUUUCUCCAGCCUAUAAUCUGAUAUUCGGUAUGAAUGAAAAUAUGUGGUCAGACGAACGAUUUGAGCCAUUGGAAUACCCUUCUGUAAGCGAGUGGAACAAGGUUUUGCAGAGCAACAACUUUAGCACACUCGAACCGGCGACGAGAACAUUUGAUUUCAUAGGGCAGUCAUCGUACUGUUUGGUUUCAACAGCCCUUGCAUCUACUCAGAAUCCAAUGGUCAAUAUUCUACCUCGUACUCAGGGUGACCCUCUCAGCUUCGCGAACCAGCUAUCAACCGCUCUUGCAGAAGACAACACAGCAUCGACCAUCUCACCAAAAUUCCCUGAUGACAUCUCGCCUCGUUUCAUCUACACUGUUAUUGAUGACGGCUCUGCUCCUUUAAGGGAGUACGAGAAGCUCAUCAAGACCAAGAAUAUUUUGUGGAUCAGCUUGAAGACAGAUGAUGCUGAGCCUCGCGACAUGGCAGUGGUACAACGCUUUGCGCGCCAUGCUCGUAAAGCUAACGACAACAUCAAAAUUGUUACACUCGAUGUCAAGCAGAAGUUUCCAGAUCAUGCGGAUAUCUUGAAGGUAGUUACACGAAUCAUUCGAGUCUCGUUUCAAGAAGGUCGAGGCACCCGGACGGAACUUGAAUACGAGUAUGUUAAUGGUCAGGUGUUUGUACCGCGUGUGAAGCAUUUGGAAUUAGCUGGUAAGAUAGGAUAA